AUGGUUACACGAUGUUUAGAAUUCAUCGAAUUCCAUAAAACGCUCGAUGACGUUUUGAAGAAAAUCGACGAACGCGGGAUAGGCUCGCAGAAGCGACAGGCAGCAUCAUACACUGACGAUGAUGAAGAUAAGUUGUGGCAGAAGAUAUUUUCCCCGGAUACAACAACUAGUUUGCGCUAUGCUGCAUAUUUCUAUGUGUGUAAAAUAUUUGCACUAAGAGCAGUCGAUGAACAUUCGAAUCACGCAGUUGAACAGUUUGUUAAAGGGACGGACAAGGAUGGGGAAUAUAUUGAGUUUCGUGGCCGGCCAUGUAAGAACAAUCAAGGUGGGCUGUACAAUGCAAGAAAAAUGCCAUACAAAGACGUUCGUCAGUAUAGUAAUCCAAAAAAUCCGCGUUGUGUGAUAAAAUUUGUAAACCAAGUACUUGAAUUGUCUACCCCAUCUGGUCCAAAACCUACGCCACUGGGUCAGCAAGGGUGGGACAUUGAAAUAUUCUAA